UUGCAGAAACAAGAAUUUCUAUGGAGGCGAUUUCAAGGUCCGGGAGGACCACGACGGAGCUACAUCACAUGUCUAAGAAGUGGAAGGAUCCUAGAACUGCAGAACGCAGCCCUGAACACACCAAAGUAUGGACAGAACCUCCUUCCAACAACAAUAAACCACGGAGAGUCCCCGUCGUUUACUAUCUCACAAGGAACGGUAACCUCGAACAUCCUCAUUUCAUCGAGGUUCCUCUCUCCUCUUCCUCCGACGGCCUUUAUCUCCGAGAUGUAAUCGAUCGCCUCAAUUCUCUACGAGGAAAAGGAAUGGCAGCAUUGUACUCGUGGUCUUCCAAAAGGAGUUAUAAGAAUGGAUUUGUAUGGCACGAUUUGGCAGAGAAUGAUUACAUUUAUCCGGCGCAUGGCCAAGAGUACGUUCUGAAAGGAUCAGAGCUCGUUGUUGCUGGAGGAUCCGUAUUGACCUCCAAAUCUGAGGCACAAAUAUCGAAGAAUUCUUUGUCGCCGGACUCUGAAAAAUCCGGCGACGAUGAUUUUCCGGUUGUUAGGCGUAGGCGGAAUCAGUCAUGGAGCGCAAUCGAUCUUCACGAAUAUAAAGUCUACACAGGAGACUCCUCCGGCGGUAAAGUCGCAGCCGACGCCUCCACUCAAACUGACGACAAACGCCGUCGCCGGAGAACAAUGAUCAGAGAAGAAGAAGAAAUCAAAGAAGAAGAGGAAACAAAAGUAACGUUUCACGAAAACGAGAGCUCAGAGCUGAGCAGAGAAGAGAUUUCACCACCGCCGUCCGAUUCAAGCCCCGAAACCCUAGAGUCACUGAUGAAAGCCGAUGGUAAGCUAAUCCUACGGCCAGAAACAGAAGAUCACAACCGAAACGUGAAUGGAACAAGCAACAACAACAAGAUUAAAGCAUCAUCGGUGCUGAUGCAGCUGAUCUCGUGCGGCUCGAUAUCGUUCCGUGAUUGUGGGCCGGGAGCAUACGGAAAAGACAACCCGGGUUUUUCGUUGAUUUCACAUUACAAGUCAAGGAUGCUGCCACGUGGGGUGGGGGUAAGGAACAACGCAGAGGACGCGACGGUGGAGGACGCUGUCGUUUUGAGGAAAAACCGAAGAAUUAAAAAACAUACAGUGACAGAGGAUAAAGAAUAUUUCAGUGGGAGUUUAAUAGAGACAAAAAAGGAGGAAUUUCCAGCUCUAAAGCGAUCUAAUUCCUACACUGGAAACCGGUAAAUUUCGAAAUUUCACCCCAGUAAAAAUGGAAUUUAUUACCUUUCCUUAUAUGAACUAAUCUGGACAUCGGAAUAUGCUUAGAGACUAUCCAUUCAAACUAGAUUCAAAUAUAUGUGAAAUAUAUUUAAUGUAAAAUGAUUCAGAGUAGAUAAAAGCUUUUUUUAAGCAUUAUUCA